UAAUAUUUUAUCUAGCAUUUAUGUAAACAUAGUAGUGGGCUGAUUGUUUAGCAGCUCUUUUAAAAGCAGUGUGUUCUGUGAAAGAUAACAGUAGCACAAUCUUUAUACUCAUUUAUUGAGGUGCAUAUUACAAACAUGCAUCACUAAAUCCAACAACCCCACCUUUAGUCUGGUCCCAUAAAAGAAGAGUAAAAGUGAAUGUCCACCAGCUGAAUACAAUUAAGCACUCAAUUAAUACAAUCAGUGAACAUCAAAUUGUCAUAGUGGCAAAAGACUAAUGGUUUUCAACUUCCAUUAUCUAAUUUUAAUACAUGGACUAAAAUAUUUUUUUUAAAAUAAGGAAGAACAAAUCUAAAAUGGCAGCAACAAUCACCUUGGCACACAUUAAGGUAGGAUCAAGAAAUCAGUGAGAAAAUUUUAAUUUUGUUUAUCUUUAAUUUACAGGACAUGAGUGGUGCUGGCUAACUAGCAUUUAUUACCCCAGAGAAGGCAAUGGUGAACUGCUUUCUUAAACCACUAGUCCCAAUGUCUGCAACAGUUGAAGACUGAGUCAACAGUCAUGAUACAUAUCUCCCCUGUUUUAGUUUACAUUUUUCUGAUAUGUACAUAUUGGACAUUAAAGAUUGCCUGCCACUAUCCAGCAUGGAAAGACAAUGGGCCCAGACUUAAAAACACAUAAAUGAGCCACAUUUCAGUUACUGCUUUGCAGAACACCAGAGCAAAAAUGGAUCAAUAACUAUCUCUCCAGCUUUAGCAUCUGGAAAGACUGUACCAGUGAUAAAACAGACAAAUAUCCAUUCAGCAAGAAGUCAAAGAGCCUACAAAUGUUGCUAACGUCAAGGAUACAUUGAGUAAGCAAUAGUAGCCUCAACUACUACUCAAACAACUGAAGAACACUACUGGAUGUUGUAGUUUAUCAUUUUUUGAUGUAACUACAUAAUAAAAUGCUGUAUUUUCUUUCUUUAAAGAUGUAGGAACAAGAGUCGACCAUUGAGCCCUUCGAGCCUGUUCCUCUUAUCAAUGAGAUGAUGGCCGAGUCUUGCAAUUGGCUCCUGAAUUCUGGUCCUGUGGCUACACCUUAAUUGAUAUGUCGUAUGCUUAAACACAAAUUUUAAAUGUUUGAUGUCAAUCAUGGCUAAUUCACUCCUCACCUGGUCAUAACAAAUUCCAUUGCCCCUCUGGUGCAGUGGGAGCAUUCAAGAGGUAGCUGAACAGGGAGGGGAGUAUCUGGACAGAUAAAACUGCCCAAUUAUCUCUAAGUCUGGUCAGGAACAGUGGUUUUACGACAGCAGCCAGAUAAACUCAUUCAUAGGCUAUAGUUGGUGCAUAUAAUGACUGAUUUUUGAUGAAUUGAAUAAGUAAGGGAUAGUUAUACCCCUUUUAUUGAAAGUACUUUAUGAAUUAAAUGGCCUGGUGGUUCAACUUUGCCUAACUGCUGCUUUUCUUACAUGACACCAGGUUAUAGUCCAACAGGUUUAAUUGACACCUAACACCUGAAGAAGGAGGGACACUCCGAAAGCUUGUGUUUUCAAAUAAACUUGUUGGACUAUAACCUAGCGUGUGUGAUGUUUGACCUUAUCCACCCCAGUCCAACACCUCCACAUCAUCUUUCUUAGUCAACGUUGCAUUUACUAAGAGUUAUCCUGGUGCCCGCCUCGUGUUGGAAAGAUUAAACUCACCUAAACAAGCUGCGGUUUCCUAAAACCUUACUGCCAUUCGCAUCGUUGCUAUUGUGGUUACUAAGUAGGUCACUUUACAUCUGAAACUCCACUUUCUUUCAGACUUUCCAGUGAGACAGGAAAUACUAACAUCCAGCCUUCCUACCCUCUCUAUACAGAGAGAAGGGUAAGUGCAGCAGAUUCAAACUGGGUUCUUUCACAUUCGGGACGGUUUAAACUGCUAGAUUCUCGGGAGGGGGAAUCUCUUGAGGGCAGGCGGUCGUUCAGAGGCAAGAUGCCGGUCAGAUUCAGUGACAUGAGUAACCUGACCUCUCCGAAGACGGUGAUCCAGCUGCUGGAGAUGCUGUUCACCUGCACGGCUUUCAGCCUGGCGAGUUCUGCCGGGUUCAGCAGCUGGAGCGGGGACUUCACCACUUUCGCCAUGUUCACCUGGUGCUUCUCCUUCGUCGCCACCACGCUCGUCUUCCUGGCCGAGUUCACACAGUUCCACAGCCUCCUCGCCCUCUCCUGGAAGAGCCUACCCGUCACGGUGGCCGCCUUCGCUGCCCUCAUGAACCUGGCCGCCUCGGUCACCUACCCGCUGAUGGUGCUGAGCGUUACCACGGCCCAGAAGGGCUGGAGCGAACUCCCUUCUCCCUACCAGAUCGCCGCCACCCUCGCCUCCUGUCUGGCUUUUUUGGCCUACUCGGCCGAGCUCCUCGUCCUCCUUAAGAAGGACGAGGGCAGAGCUGCUUAUAUGGCGACCUGGCCCGGUCUGCUCAAGGUUCUGGAGGUUUCUGUGGCCUGCGUCGUCUUCGUUACCCUGACGACCGUGAGUAGUCCGGAGUUCGCGGGCUUUCGCUGGGCCGUUGGUGCGCUCUGCGUCUGCGCCCUGCUCUCGCUCGCGGUCAUCCUCAUGAUGGUGGGCGACUGCCGAGCGCGGUGCCCGUUCCCCGUCCUCCGGCUCCUGCUGGUCUUCAGUGCCCUGGCCUUCCUCCUGCAGGGGUCCGUGUUGGUUGUCUGGACCCUUGAGCUCCUCCGCAAAACCCAAGGCCUGGACAAAUGCAUACAGAUGAACUGCCGCUGGAACCAGAUGCUUCUGUCUGCUGCUCUCAUCGCCCUGAAUCUCAUGGCCUACCUGACCGAUCUGAUUUACUCCAUCCAGCUGAGCUGCUGCAGGAGCUGACGUUCUGCCAGCCUCUGUAAUUGGCUGAAGGGAAUGUGAACUUCAUUGGCCGGUCCAGCACUUCUCGCAGGCAAUUAAGGAUUGGCAAUAACGUGAAAGUGAGCUGCCUACUUGAACCACUGCAAUCCAUUUGGUAUCCUUUGCAUCACCCCCAUAUGGGAGAACGAUUGGAAGGAAUGUGGGCAGAAUCUGCACAGUUUCCAUCUUUACUUGCCCGUCUAAUCUAGACCAGGUGCUUCCUUGGAAGACGUUACCUGCUUGUCAAAUGGUUCAGUGUAUGGUCACGGAAUGUAGGUGCUGUUCCUGCUCCCAACUUCUAUAAAUAUGGAAUCUUUCAGCCAGACAGUCUCCAUCAUUGUCUACCAUUGAAUCUUUGGUUUCAGACUAGACUGUGGUUUCUCAAGUGAGGAGUUCACAAUCAGUUGAAAACUGAAUGAGUUGCUUGUGUGGGACUGAGGUCAGAUGAUUAUUUAAUGAGUGCCACAGAAAAUCUUGAACUCUAUUUAGUUUAAACUGUAUCAGUUUAUAUAUUUAAUAUAUUAUGUAUUUUAUAAAUGAGGCAACUCUGUUGGGUUGAGCCCAAGAUUAUUUCUAAAAGCUAUUUUGUAAAAUUUCUUGUUGCGUAAAUUGUAAACUGUGAACUACUUAAAACCCAUGUAUUCAUGUUCAGUUUGAACUCUGUUUUUCUUAAUGUUGUAAUUUUUCCUGUUUACUGCCUACUGUGGUUGUUUAUAGGAAAUGGUAAUUUCCGUGCUCCUGAACAUUACCUGUACUAUUUCUCAAGUGGAGCAAGAUUUUUGUUUAAUAUUAGCAUUCAUUGUCAUUUCAUUUGUUGCAAAUCUAACUGGUGCAAACAGGAUGGGUGGAAUGGCCUCCUGCACUGUAACGAUUCUGUGAUUUUGUAGUUGUCUAGGCAAUCAGCUCCUGGCUGAUCACUGCCCAACGAUGAAUCAUGUUGUAAUUAACACCAUUAAAAGUGUCAACUGGAGAGCA